AGAGAUGCCGUCUUAAACCGAGAAAAACUUUGUAUUUAGGCUAUGUGACUGGACUGGUUGAAGCUGAAAGUUCUUGGAAAGCACAGAAAUGGCAGCUGAGUCAGGGAAGAAGGUUAUGGUGGCCAUAGAUGAGAGUGAGGCAAGCUACUAUGCACUCAAUUGGGUGCUUGAAAAUCUUAAAGAAUCAAUCAACCAUUCGGGUAAUCCUUUGGUUAUCUUCAUGGCCCAGCCACGUCCCAACUACACUAACGUCUUUGCCGCCCCUCUUGGCUCUGCUCGCAUGUACUGCAACGUCUCUGCCACACCGGAAUUUGUUAACUCUGUCCAAGAACGAAAUCGCUUGGUUUCAAUGGGUAUCUUGGAGAAAGCAAAGGGUAUCUGUACCAGUAAUGGGGUAACUGCAGAGACAAUUACAAUGAUUGGGGAUGCUAAGGGAGCCAUAUGUGAUGCAGUACAGACGUACAAAAUUAAUCUCCUUGUUUUAGGUGAUUGUGGCCUCGGGAAAAUCAAGAGGGCUCUUCUAGGGAGUGUGAGCAACUAUUGUGUUCAUAACGCUAGCUGCCCCGUGCUUGUUGUGAAGAAACCAGAAUAAAAGUAACUUUACUAGAACUUGGAUGUACAUAUGGUAGUGUGUUCUCUUGUAAUUUUUAGAUGACUAUUUGAAGAUUGGAGAAAAGGAUGUAUAGUUUGCUGUGAGACAUAAGAUAUAUUGUGUUUAUCAACUUCAUUGUCACUUCCUUCUAUGUUUUGUAAAGUGCAGUGAUGCCUAAGUUUGGUUUGUAUUUGCUUACAAUCGAACCUUUGUAAGACAAUAUAUGUGUGAUACCAUUUGAAAGAAAUCCAUGUAAC